GUUUGCUCACACUUUUUAUUCUUUUCUAGACAACUGAACAACGUUAUCUCAAGACUCUCUCCUUUAUCUCCGGACAGCUGUUUCUCCGAAGAGCAUCAUUACACUGAUCCAAAACCUGAAAAUAAUUACCUAAACCUAGAGAAAAAAUCAAACCUUGCAAACCCAAAGCAUCUACAGUUCCUACAAAACAGAAUUCUUCCAAACAACUAUAUGACACCAAACAAUGGAGUUCGUCGCCGACUGGAAACCCCGGUCAAAAUUGAAGAAACUAUAUCUGGAAACAAUGAUAGAGAUCGUCUUCAUUAUCCUGGAUCCCCUAGUCAAUACAUUUACGAAUCAAUCGACUCACCUCAGGUGGAAAAAUAUCAAAAUGAACAAAAAUUUUCAAGAAACUUAAACCUUGGAUCCUUCAGACAACGAUCCCAGGAUAGCAAAAGAUUAAAAAAGACAGAUAAUUCUGAUCCCCACCGAUCCCGUCGAAAUAGUUUCACCGAAAUCCAGGAUCGAAAACGGGAUCGAACCCCACAGCGCUGCCGACAUACCCGGAGUUUCCGAAGAGAAGGAGGAUCUCGACUCACUGGGUUGGAAACUUAUCAAGGAUUACCCCAACCUGAACCUCCUUCCCUACCAAUUACAGGGAUAGGAUCAGAGAGUGAUUUACUUGAACCGGACGGAUUGAGUUUAAGUUACUCCAGAUACGGAACUGAUCUUCUCUUUAGAUGCAACCUGUGCGGAGAAAGGUUUGCUGAUAACGGUGUUCUCCUGGUUCAUCUUAAAUCCCGACAUCUAGCGGUCAGUCGGGCACUGAAACCUCAGUACAGCUGCGGACAGUGUCCUGCCAGAUUUUUUAAGAACAGUUUUCUCAUCAAGCAUAGUCUUACUCAUCAAUCUCAAAACUAAGGAGCUUACACUUUAAUCCAAUCCAAGAUCUAAUCUGUACUUCUACUUCUACACCAACCCAGAGAAAUACAGACCUUCAAGCAGUGCAAUGUUACUUUGGAAUUUGGUGCUUGCCCGAGUUGAGUUGCCACUGGCAGAUUGCUAUGGCAACUCUUUGCUUUUUGAACAUUUUUAAGGUUGCCAAUAUGAGUAGUUUAAAUCUUCUCUGCAUUAAAGUUUAGCCGUUCAAUCCUUCUUUUAUUUAAGUUUAGUAAUACAAAUCCUUCCUCCGUCCUAGCUGAGCAGUUUAAGUUUCAUUCAAGUUCAGCAGUUUAGAUACUUCCUAUAUAUUCAUUCUAGUUCAGCAAUUUAGAUACAUCCUAUAUAUUUAUUCAAGUUCAGCAGUUUAGAUACUUCUUAUAUAUUUAUUCAAGUUCAGCAGUUUAGAUACUUCCUCGAUCCUUUAAUUCAAGUUGAACAGUUUAGAUACUUUCUCGAUCCUUUGAUUCAAUUUGAACAAUUUAGAUACUUCCUCGAUCCUUAAAUUCAAGUUGAACAGUUUAGAUACUUCCUCGAUCCUUUAAUUCAAGUUGAACAGUUUAGAUACUUCCUCGAUCCUUUAAUUCAAGUUGAACAGUUUAGAUACUUCCUCCUUUUAUUCAAGUUGAGCAGCUAAAGUCCUUUCCUCAUUCAUUCAUUCAAGUUCAGCAGUUUAAAUCUUUCGUGCAUUCAUUCAAGUUCAGCAGUUUAAAUCUUUCCUGCAUACAUUCAAGUUCAACAGUUCAAAUCUUUCCUGAAUUCAUUCAAGUUCAGCAGUUCAAAUCUAUUCUGCACUCAUUCAAGUUCAGCAGUUCAAAUCCUUCUUGCAUUCAUUCAAGUUCAGCAGUUUAAAUCUUUCCUGCACUCAUUCAAGUUCAGCAGUUCAAAUCUUUCUUGCAUUCAUUCAAGUUCAGCAGUUUAAAUCUUUCCUGCACUCAUUCAAGUUCAGCAGUUCAAAUCUUUCUUGCAUUCGUUCAAGUUCAAAAGUUUAAAUCUUUCCUGCAUUUAUUCAAGUAAAACAGUUCCAAUCUUUCCUCCAUUUAUUCAAGUUCAGCAGUUUAAAUUCUUUCUCAUUUCCAGCCAAGAAGAAUAAAUCCUUUCUCCGUUUGAAUUGAGCAGAUAAAUUAAAAUCCUUUCUCCAUUUAUUCAAGUUUAUCAGUUUAAAUCCUUUCUCCUUUCAAGUUAACAAUCAUAAAUCCUUUCUCCUUUUAAAUUGGGCAGUUAUCAUUUCAAGUUCUCAUUUCAAGUUAAGCAGUAUAUAAAUCCUUUCACAUUUAAAGUGAAGAGAAAUAAAUCCUUUUUCUAUUUAAGCUGAGCAAUUAAACUUUCUUACAUUCAAGAUGAUCAGUGAGCAGUUUAAAUUCUUCCUUUAUUAAAAAUAAGAAGCAUAAAUCUUUUUUUCCAUUCAAGUAGAGAAGUUCAAAUCUGUCCUCCAUUCAAACUAAGCAAUUAAACUUUCUUCAAAUAAAGCAGUUUAAAUCCUUCCUUUAUUUAAGACUAACUGAAGUGCCCGGCCCGUGGAAUUUAGAAAAAAGUAUAGCAAUUAAACUUCCUAUAUUCAAAUAGAGAAAUUAAACUUCCUCUUUUAAUAUAGAGCAAUUAAAAUUCCUCUAUUCAAAUAGAGCAAUUAAACUUACUUCCAUUCAUGUAGUGCACUUAAACUUUCUCUAUUCAAAUAGAGCAGCUUAAAUCUUUCCUCGGCUCCAGUCAAGCAGUUUAAAUUCUUCCACCAUUCUGAAUACCCUAUAUUUUUAAAAGAAGCAUUUCAAAUCCGGCCUUAAUUCAAAAUAAGCAGUUUAUUCUUUGAUUACUAAAUUCAAACUAUUAUCCUUUUCCCUCCAUUAUAUGAUUUAUAUUUUAUAUGUUUCUUUCCUUUCCUUAACAAAAAGAGUGCAAUCACAAUUUUACGAGAGCUUUUCCAUUCGUCUUUAUCAUAAGCCUGCUUUUCCUAUCGUUCUGCCCUGUAGUAAAUUCUGUUUUCAAACCAAGACCCAAAGCCAAAGGUCUGUUCAAUGUGCCUAAAUGUAAAGAAAUAUCUAUUGUACUGUUGAAUUAAAAAUAUAUGUAUUUGUAAGUAGUACAACAGAUUGUACAAAAAAACUAAUAAACAUUUCAGCGUUUA